AUGAUGCGAACUGCUCACAAGGAUAGAGAGCCGUGGAGGGAUAUUCGCCGUAGUUUGUUGAGCAAAUGGCAAGGAGUACGUGUCUGUGAUGAACCAUCACCAUGGUAUAUGUCCAUUCCAACACCAUUCAGUCAAUUCCAUAAUGUUUUACCAGAAGAACAAGAGGAAAUGGUUUUCACUGAGCUCAAGCUAUUUCUAGUCGGAAAUCAAACGGAAAACAUUCGAAUCGACGAAUACGACAAACACGAUCUUCCCAUCUCAAUUCUUGCAAAUAUCUCAUUUGAUCCAUUCAUUCGUUCAGAACUUGAACGAUUUCAUGAUAUUCUUGUGACAGUUGCUACAAUUAAAAUUUGUUGUUAUGCAAUCACUCAUGAUUCUGUCACCUUUUCUUCAAUUAGCUCAGCUGUGGCCUCUACUAUUGAGAAGAAAGUCAACGGAUUCAUUACCAAAAUUUGCACAAAGUUGAGCGGAAGUACGGAAGCAAAUCAACAAAUGAAUCAGUUGCUCCGUGAAAUGCACACAAUUCACGAAUCGUUGAAUUUCUACAAUGGAAUCGUCAAAUCCAUUUAUUUGGAUCAACUAAUCGGUGGCCAAGUGUUAAGCCUGCUCGACUCGAAACGUCGACACGUGUUCUCGGGAAAUGUUGUUCAAAAUUUGGAUGAUGUUUUUCAGGCGGGAUGGAAGGUUUUUGCAAGAAGCAUUGGAAGAUUAGUCUGCAAGUUCGAGGCAGAUCACAUGGAUUAUGAGUUUGUAAUUUGGUCAACAAAACAAAUGACUGAUUCUCAAUGCAAGACACUGGUACCAUCAAAUCCAUCAAGACAAAUCAAAUCAUCUCGUUACGUUGUCAUUGAAUCUUUGUGCCCGGACUUUUUCAAGAAAUAUCUGGAUAUUCUUGUCAGAUGUGCAGAAUUUGGAGAUUCAGCAAAAUCAGACAGUUCAUUGCGUAGAUCAACAUCGAAGAAAAUUAAUGAAAGUGAAUCUGUUGAAAGUGUGAUGGAAGAUGUUCGAAAUGUAGAUUGGAGUAAUCUAGACGUGGCAACUACUGUCAGAAUGUUGGUACAAUUUUCAAGGAAGGAAUCUGCGUGUCUUCUACGAGAAAUCACUUCAGCAACGAAUGUAGAUCAAGCAAUUCGAGAUAUUCAUGAUCUUUUGAUCAAAGGAUCUUGUGCUCAUGACGUCAUGUUAUUUGGAUUGAAAGCUGACAUUCUGCAGAAACCAAUUGAUGAAGUCGGAAAUAUAAGAAUGAAGAAACUUACAAAUGAUGUACUUGGAGCGGCUGCAGAAAAGCAUCAUCCAUUCUGGAAAUAUUUCAGUUUUGUUAUUGACAAGCAAAACGUUUUUGAAAUGCUUGGACAACGAACGAGUCUCGGAGGAAAUGCUGAUAAUCUACGGGAUAAUGUUACUCCAAUGCUUUUCGAAUGUAUUUCUGUAAAAAUGGACUGUCCAAUCGAAAUUGAACCUAUCAUUUCAAUGAAAGCCGUCUUCAUUCUGACUCCAGUUUUCCGUAUUUGGAUUCAACUUCACGUGGCUAGUUACACCAUUGCCAAUUAUCGUGAUUCAAUUCGUGGUCAAAUGCCCAGUCGUUCUCUUGGAGAUAUUGCUAUGAAAAAACAUUUGAUGCAUGCUUUGGAUGCUGAAAUUUCGAGUAUCAAGCAGAAAUGGGUUGGAUACGUGGAUUUGCUUAUCAAUUUGUAUUAUGAGAGAAUUCAAAAAGCAGCUUCUUUGGAUGAAUACACCGAAUGUCAGGAUAUUCUUGCCAGUGACGUGACUAAUAUGAUGGGAAUUUCGGAGCUAUCACAAUUGGAAAAUAUCAAGGAUAUUCUGAAUAUUAUCUGGAAUUACGAUAACGCUGACAGUAAUCUGGCUGAUUUGAUUGCAGAUUUUGAAGAAGUUCAGUCAAGAGCUCGAAUGGAUGUUGUUGUUGCAUAAUUGAUAUAUCGAUCUUUGUUUUUCACUUAUUAUGUCUUUUGGGUAUUGGUUUUUGCAAAUAAAUAUAAUUUAUGUUUAAA